CAACGCGAACUGGAGCAGCUAAAACGAAGCGCGGGAGCUACAGAACGCGACACAAAAGCUCCAAAACGCUGCAGACCCGUAACGAAAUCAGCGAUAGAGAGGAGAAAGAAGAAAAGAGCGAGCAGAGCGAGAGCACAGAUGUAGGGAGAGCACCUUAUUGAGAGAGUCUCCCCCAGAGAUAGAUUGUUAUUUGGCGACAGUGACAGUCCCGCACCGAAUUAUAUAUCCGCUCAGUGCUAAAGUUGUACUCGUGCUGCGUAGCUCGUGUGGGCAAGGCCGUUUCUUGAUACGCCCACCCACCGCCCCCGCGCGCCCCCUGCCACGCCCCCCGCCAGCUGGGAGCAGCAGCUGCUUUUCAGUGAAGUGCGUGCGCGUUUCGCGGCAACGGAAUUGCCGCCGGUUGAAAAAACGCACAGGAUAAAACCAAAGCAACAAAAAAAAUACACCCAAGUUAAACACAACCCACUUUUUGCAUAACACGAAAACUAAAAAUUAAACAUUUAAGCGUCGCGUAAAUAUACUAUUUACAUUCGCGCGAUUCCCAUCCCCUUUUAUCAACGAAGCGCCAGCCAGUCGGCGUUAUCAGCAAACGAAGCGCGACAAAAAACACAGAAGCGUACUAAAAAACGCAAAAAAAAAAAAAAAAUAAAUAAAAACCAAAAUGAAAUGAAAAUGCAUUUGAGUGCGUGAGUGUGUGUUUAGCCACAACAAAUUUUCGAACAAAAAGAAAUUGGCUGCUUCAAUCAAAGGGAAAAAUCAACUGUUAACCGGCGAGUGGACGCAUUUAAAGCCAUCAAAAAAGACAAACAGAAAGGGGCAGACGUGCAUGAAGUGAAAUCUGGCGGCUAACCGGCCGAUGAGUCUGGGCCAUCAUCAAUUACCCCAUUGCCACUGCCUCGCACCUGGCCAUUAAAGUCGGUGAGAGUGUGAAGAGCAACAGGUUGGCCGGGAUAAUAUCAGGACUCCAGGACGUCUCGCCCAUAAGUGGGCGAAAGUACGUGACUUAAUCAGCGGACGCAGCGGGCAGCAGACUCUGAGCCUGGCUAACGAGGCGACCAAAAGGAUCAAAACAAAAAAGGGGGAGCAGGAGAAGAAGGAACAGGAGAAGGAGCAGGAGCGGGAGGUGCUGCCCAGUUGGAACGCAAUGAUUUCAGGCACGGCACAGUGAGCAGCAGCAACAUGACAGAUGUGUCAUCGCCAGCUGGCGGCGCCGCAGCUCCGGUGGAAAUAACCACCAGCGGCACUUCGGAGGCCACCACACCGUCGACGUCCAAGCCGCUGACCAAUGGCGCCAACAAGACGAGCACUUCAACGCCAGCUGGAACCGGAACUAGCGCAAUCCCCGCCAGCAGCUCCAGUGGCAGCCAGGUCAAGUUGGAGCACCAUCCCCGCCAGAGCAACAACAAUCGACCUGCGGUCAAUCCUGGUGCGGAAACAAAGCUGAGAUCUCCGGCCGGCGAAGGUGAUGGCGUCUCAAGAUUGAGUACACCUGCCGGCAGUUCCCCAUCCGCAUCGCAGUCCCCCACCCAAGCUAGCAUUCAAACCCAGACGAGUCAGCAGGAGAGGCUGGGCAAGACGAGCACUACAUCGCAGCAGGACGUCGAUGAGGUGGCCAGGUUGUUCGAGGAGAAGCCGGAGGCUUUCGAGAAGUGGCUGACGGAAAGGGCUCCUCCGGAGGCCCUCAGUCGCCUGCAGGAGUUCAUCGAGAACCGCAAACCGCACAAGCGACCCUCGGUCACCUCCGAUCUCUUUCAGCAAUGGAUGGCCGCCUCGCCCACCGUGCAGCAGAAAUCGCCGAGGAGCCUCUCGAACUCCUCCGCAUCAUCGCUCCCCGAGAGCCGGAGGCAUCUGAUGGACCUGGACGAGGGCGAGCUGUUCAUGGAACUGAUUCGCGACGUGGCCAACGAGCUGGACAUCGAUGUGCUGUGCCACAAGAUUCUGGUCAAUGUCGGCCUGCUCACCCACGCGGAUCGUGGCUCACUUUUUUUGGCCAAAGGCACACCGACCAACAAGUAUCUGGUGGCCAAGCUAUUCGAUGUCACACAAAAGACAGCACUCAAGGACGCGGUGACUCGGGCGAGUGCCGAGGAGAUAAUCAUUCCCUUCGGAAUCGGAAUCGCCGGAAUGGUGGCGCAGACAAAGCAGAUGAUUAACAUCAAGGAGGCCUACAAGGAUGCGCGAUUCAACUGCGAAAUCGAUCUGAAGACCGGCUACAAGACAAACGCCAUCCUCUGCAUGCCAAUUUGCAAUUACGAGGGCGAUAUCAUAGGCGUUGCGCAAAUUAUUAACAAGACAAAUGGCUGCAUGGAGUUCGACGAGCACGAUGUGGAAAUCUUUCGGCGGUAUCUGACCUUCUGCGGGAUCGGCAUUCAGAAUGCCCAGCUUUUCGAGAUGUCCGUUCAGGAAUACCGGCGCAACCAAAUCCUUCUUAACCUGGCUCGCAGUAUCUUUGAGGAGCAGAACAACCUCGAGUGCCUCGUCACCAAAAUUAUGACGGAGGCCCGAGAACUUCUCAAAUGCGAACGGUGCUCGGUAUUUUUGGUGGACCUUGAUUGUUGCGAAGCGAGCCAUUUGGAGAAGAUAAUUGAGAAGCCCAAUCAACCAGCCACCCGCGCCAUCAAGUCCGCCGAUAGUUUCGAGGAGAAGAAAAUGCGCAAUCGUUUCACCGUGCUCUUCGAACUCGGCGGCGAGUACCAGGCAGCCAAUGUUUCAAGACCUUCGGUCAGCGAGUUGAGCAGCUCGACGUUGGCCCAAAUUGCCCAGUUUGUGGCCACCACCGGGCAAACAGUCAACAUCUGCGAUGUCCACGAGUGGGUCAGGGAUCACAAUCAGAUUCGUGCCGAGGACGAAAUCGAUAGCACCCAGGCCAUCCUCUGCAUGCCCAUUAUGAAUGCCCAGAAGACGGUCAUUGGCGUCGCCCAACUUAUCAAUAAGGCCAAUGGCGUUCCCUUCACUGAAUCGGAUGCCUCGAUUUUCGAGGCUUUUGCCAUCUUCUGCGGCUUGGGCAUCCACAACACCCAAAUGUACGAGAACGCCUGCAAGUUGAUGGCCAAGCAGAAGGUGGCUCUCGAGUGCCUCAGUUACCAUGCCACCGCCAGCCAGGAUCAGACGGAGAAGCUCACCCAGGAUGUCAUUGCCGAGGCGGAGUCCUACAACCUGUACAGCUUCACUUUUACUGACUUUGAACUGGUUGACGACGACACUUGUCGUGCAGUUCUGAGGAUGUUUAUGCAAUGCAACCUGGUCUCGCAGUUCCAGAUUCCAUAUGAUGUCCUCUGUCGUUGGGUUUUGAGUGUCCGAAAGAAUUAUCGUCCCGUGAAAUACCACAAUUGGCGGCAUGCUCUAAACGUGGCUCAAACAAUGUUUGCCAUGCUGAAAACCGGCAAGAUGGAGCGGUUCAUGACGGAUCUGGAAAUCCUGGGUCUGCUGGUCGCCUGUUUGUGCCAUGACCUGGAUCACCGUGGCACCAACAAUGCAUUCCAAACCAAAACUGAAUCCCCGCUGGCCAUUUUGUACACAACCAGCACAAUGGAGCACCAUCACUUCGAUCAAUGCGUAAUGAUACUCAACUCGGAGGGAAAUAACAUAUUUCAGGCCCUGUCUCCUGAGGACUAUCGCUCGGUUAUGAAAACGGUCGAAAGCGCUAUCCUUUCUACAGAUCUGGCCAUGUAUUUCAAGAAACGAAACGCGUUCCUAGAGUUGGUGGAAAAUGGAGAGUUUGAUUGGCAGGGCGAGGAAAAGAAGGAUCUUCUUUGCGGCAUGAUGAUGACUGCCUGCGAUGUGAGUGCCAUUGCCAAGCCCUGGGAAGUUCAGCACAAAGUAGCGAAACUAGUGGCCGAUGAGUUCUUUGACCAGGGAGAUCUCGAAAAGCUACAGCUCAACACCCAACCAGUGGCCAUGAUGGACAGGGAACGCAAGGACGAGCUGCCCAAGAUGCAGGUGGGCUUCAUCGAUGUGAUCUGCUUGCCGCUCUAUAGAGUGCUCUGCGAUACCUUCCCCUGGAUCACACCCCUUUACGAGGGCACCCUGGAGAAUCGACGCAACUGGCAGGAUCUGGCAGAGAAGGUGGAAAUGGGCCUGACCUGGAUCGAUCACGAUACGAUUGACAAGCCAGUGGAGGAGUUUGCCGCCUGUGGAGACGAGGAGAUCAAGGACAUCGAGUUCACGGUGACCACUCUCAAUUGCAAUCAGCAAUCGCAGCAUGGCAGCGAGGACAGUCACACGCCGGAGCACCAGCGAAGUGGCUCCAGAUUGAGCAUGAAGAAGACGGGAGCUUUGGGGAAGGCGGUUCGGUCCAAGCUCUCGAAGACCCUCUACAACAGCAUGGACGGUUCGAAGCCAAAGACCUCUCUCAAGUUAAUGGAAUCGCAUGUCAGCGAGGACAUGGACGACAAGAGUCCCACGAGUCCUUCGCAGCCACAGGCAUCCGGCAGCAUGGGACGCAUGUCCGCCUCGUCAUCCACUUCAUCGGCCGGAGGACAGAUGGUGGACAAGUCCAAGAAACGAUCCAAGUUGUGCGCCUUGUUAUGACGAAAGCCGUCCAAUUAGAAUAUGGCGACUCCCUCCAGCACGUCGGCCAGUGAGACUGACCAAAAGUGCGGAGGGGGGAUGACCGAGUUCUAAUUGGAUAUUUGCGGUUUGAGAAAUUCACUAAAACUGGUUGCUCUACCUGUAUCUACUAAAGUGUUUCGACUUCUACUACGAUUAAAUAAGAACACAGUUGUUGUUGAUAAAACUAUACGUUUCUAAAGAAAUUACGACUUGAAAAAUUCUCAAUGAAAAGAUUACAGUUCGUUAUAAAGAUUUAUAAUUGAAAAGUUAAAAGUGUAAUUUUAUCAACAAGGCUCCCCUCAAAUUUAAUUGAAAUGGAAGUCGAAAGAAGGGGUUUAUGUAUAUGUUUGAUAUAUGUUUUAAGUACUCUAACUAUCCAUAUACAAGCGGAUGAGCAUUAGGCAGAAGCAAAUGCAGUUGCAAUAUUAAGCAUAAGUGAAUGUCAAAAUAUGUGAUCUAUUUAAGGUCCCGAAGGUGCGAAGCCCCCGGGUUGAACCUUUUGUCGGAUACUAUCCCCUCUAUCUCUCUUUCUAUCUAUCUGUCUAUCGCUUUUAGGUGAUUGAAAACCGCGAAACUAAACUAACUAAGUAGAUCCAACCAACUAGCUAAGCGUGUACGUAGUCACCCUAACCAAAUCGUGCUAGUCAACGUAUGAAAUACUAUAUGAAAUACUAUAUGAAACACCCUAGGUAAGAACUUGUGAGGCUAUAUUCCAGGCAUCGGGCAUCAGGAGUCGGAUGGGGGGAUCACCACUAGUCCUCGCCUGUGAUCGGCUAGAAAUCUACUUUAUAGCUAACUAAUAUUCGGACGCACAGCGUGUGCAUCCACGUAGCAAACUAUAGCAAUAUUAUAUGAUAUUUCCCACGCGAUUGUGAGCACAGCACAAAUAUUGAGAAAUCGAACCCCUAUUAAACAGAUGGUAGCGAUUGAAGUUAGUAGAACAAUACCGUUUCGUACUCUGUUCGAUUGUAUAAAUAUAAAUAUUAGCUUAAAGAUAGACGACAGCAGUCAAUUUUUGAACUCGAACUCAAACAAAAUACGAAUAUGAUAAAUAUUUGGCAUAAAUAGCACUCGGUUAAUACGAAUAAUCCGGCCCCACAAUCUCCUAGUUGUUGCAAUGAAGUUUACUUUAUCUGUGUGUACGUGUACAAAGCAAACUAUAUACUAUAGAGCAUAAAUAUAAAAUAAAUAUAUAUAAACGAAAACUAUAUGAAAUAUUUACAUGUGACUAAUGUAACUAUAACUGAAUUGCUUAGAAUUAAUGUGUUUAAGAGCAUCUCAUUAAUUUGUUUCAAUUGGUCUGCGUGUGCUAAUCAAAUUUGGCUAUCAAAUGUCAACAAAAAUAAAAUUUUGAAACUAUUUUUCUAGUUACUCUGCCGCUCGCUUGAAAAUCAAAAUCCAGACAACUUUAUAAACCGAUUUGAAUAUUUAUCUGGGUUUAGUUGUGACAAUUAAUUGUGUAUAUUUCUAGAAAGUUUCGUUGCUUGUUUUUGUUCCCAAACGAUUUAAGAAUUAUUCACGUUUGUUUACCUAACUAUGUAAGACUUGCAAUUGAAUCAAAAAUAAAUCACACCAUUGAGAAUUA